GUCAGUCUGAGGAAGAGCCAUGCAGCUCCCACACUGUGGCAAAGGAAAUGGCUGUAGUGCACUGCAGUGAUGGGUCUGACUCGGAUGCAUUCACAGGACAGCAGUCUACUAUUAAAGCAUCAACUAAAGAUGUUUCUGCAGCUCCCACAGCCAUAGCAGCUCUGAAGCGCAGAAACAGAGAUAAUAAUGCCUUGAAAAUAGGGCUAGAUGCUUCAAAGGACAAAUUAUUAACUGUUGAAAGCGAAAGGGACUAUCUGAGGAUACAGCUGGCUGAGGCUUUGGCCCUUCUAAAAAUGGCAUCAGUUAAGGCACCAGUUACUUCUGAAGGUGACCAAAUAGGGGCAGGCAACUCCUCUUCAUCCUCCACCUCCUCCAAUUCCUCCAGUUCCUCCUCCUCAUCGUCAGACAGAGGGAAGAAGAGGAAGAGUAAGAAGAAGAAGAACAAGAAAAACAAAUACGGCAAGAAAAAAAGAGGAAAAAAAGCGAAGAAGACAAAAGGAAAGACUGCAAAGAGAGGUACGUUGGCCACCUACACAGUGUCUGACUUGGGAAGUAAGGAGGUAGGACUACAGUGA